CGAAAACUUUCGGAGGCUUCUCCUCCUCCGUGUCCCCCGUGUCCUCCGUGUCCUCCGUGUCCCCCGUGUCCUCCGUGUCCUCCGUGUCCCCCGUGUCCUCCGUGUCCUCCGUGUCCCCCGUGUCCCCCGGGCCCCUGACCGCGGCCCCCGGCUCUGUGCGCCGCGCUAUGGGCUCCUCUGUGGCCCUGAAGCAGCCGCUGUGUCUGGCGGACAUCAUCACCUCGGACAUCCUGCACAGCUUCCUCUACGGCCGCUGGAGGCACGUGCUGGGCGACCACCACCACCAGCACGCGCUUCACCUGCAGCACGAGGAGCGCACGGCCCCGAGCUCGAGCCCCAAGACCGCGUUCACCGCCGAGGUGCUCGCGCAGUCCUUCUCCGGAGAGGUGCAGAAGUUGUCCAGUCUGGUUUUACCCAGUGAGGUGAUCAUCGCACAGAGUUCAGUCCCAGGUGAAGGUUUGGGUAUUUUCUCUAAAACGUGGAUUAAAGCUGGGACAGAAAUGGGUCCAUUCACCGGACGUCUGAUUUCACCGGAACACGUGGACCUGUACAAGAACAACAACCUCAUGUGGGAGGUGUUUAACGAGGACGGGUCCGUCAGGUAUUUCAUCGAUGCGAGUCAGGAGGACCAGAGGAGCUGGAUGACCUACAUCAAGUGUGCGAGGAACGAGCAGGAGCAGAACCUGGAGGUGGUUCAGAUCGGCAGCAGCAUCUUCUACAAGGCCGUGGAGUCCUCCUCCUCCUCUUCCUCCUCCUCCUCCUCCUCGUCUGCUCUGGGCCGCAUGCGUUGCGUCAUCUGUCACCGUGGCUUCAACUCCCGCAGUAACCUGCGCUCCCACAUGCGCAUCCACACUCUGGACAAACCGUUCGUCUGCCGCUUCUGUAACCGACGCUUCAGCCAGUCGUCCACGCUGAGGAACCACGUCCGGCUUCACACCGGAGAACGACCCUACAAGUGCCACGUCUGCCAGUCGGCCUACUCACAGCUGGCCGGCCUGAGGGCGCACCAGAAGAGCGCCCGGCACCGGCCCACCGGAGAGGCCGGGGCCCCAGGGGUGGUGAUAGGUGGAGCAGGGGGAGUACACUCACCUCCUCACCCUCCACAGCUGACCGCCAUGACUCACCCCGCAUCACUGGUCCACCAUAUACCCACCAUGGUGCUGUGAUUACACACACACACACACACACACACAUGUAUACACACACACACACACACAUAUACACACA